AGGUUGCCCCAGAGGCGUCUUGAGACCCGCGGGGCUCACCCCUGGAGCCGGUGCGGGCAGCAGAGGCUUGGGACUGGAGAUGGGGACGCGGUGGGCCACCCCGGGCCGGGCGACGGGGCUACUCGUGCUGUUGCUGCGGUGCUUUGAGCUUGUGGAGCCUUCAGGUAACGAUCCAUUCACCAUCGUCAAUGAAAACACUGGCAAGUGCCUCCAGCCGCUGUCUGACUGGAUAGUGGCCCAGGACUGUAGCGGAACUAAAAACAUGUUAUGGAAGUGGGUGUCCCAGCACCGUCUCUUUCACCUGGAAUCCCAAAAGUGCCUUGGCCUAGACAUUACCAAAGCCACAGACAACCUGAGAAUGUUCCGCUGUGACUCCAAAGCCAUGCUGUGGUGGAAGUGUGAGCACCAUUCUCUAUACACUGCUGCUCAGUACAAGCUGGCUCUGAAAGACGGAUAUGCCACAGCCAGCACAAAUUCAUCUGAUGUCUGGAAGAAGGGAGGCUCCAAGGAAAACCUCUGUGACCAGCCUUACCACGAGAUAUAUACCAGAGAUGGGAACUCCUACGGGAGGCCUUGUGAAUUCCCUUUCUUAAUUGGUAAGACAUGGCAUCAUGACUGCAUUCGGGAUGAAGACCAUAAAGGGCCAUGGUGUGCCACUACCCUAAACUAUGAAUAUGAUCAAAAGUGGGGCAUCUGCCUACAACCAGAAAAUGGCUGCGAAGGUAAUUGGGAGAAGAAUGAGCAGAUGGGAAGUUGCUACCAGUUUAAUAACCAGGAAGUUCUGACUUGGAAGGAAGCUUAUGUUUCUUGUCAGAACCAAGGAGCUGAUUUACUGAGCAUCCACAGCACUGCAGAAUUGGCCUAUAUUACGGGAAAAGAAGAUAUUGCUAGAAUUGUUUGGAUUGGACUGAAUCAGCUCUAUUCUGCUAGAGGCUGGGAAUGGUCAGACUUCAAGCCACUCAAGUUUCUUAACUGGGAUCCAGGCACGCCCAUUGCACCUGUGAUCGGUGGGUCGAGCUGUGCAAGAAUGGACACAGAGUCCGGGCUGUGGCAAAGUGUUUCCUGCGAAUCUCCGCAGCCGUACAUCUGCAAGAAGCCAUUGAACAACACGGCGGAGCGCCCAGAUGAUUGGACGGACUCAGAUACCCGCUGUGACGGGGGCUGGCUGCCUAAUAAAGGGUUCUGCUAUCUGCUGGCAAACGAAAGUGGUUCCUGGGACGCAGCGCGUUUGAAAUGCAAAGCCUUGGGUGCAGACCUCACCAGCAUUCACUCCUUAGCAGAUGUGGAGUUGGUCGUCACAAAACUCCACAGUGGGGAUGUCAAAGAAGAGAUCUGGACAGGCCUGAGGAAUACAAACAGCCCCACUUUGUUCCAGUGGUCGGACGGGACGGAAGUUACUCUAACGUACUGGAAUGAGAAUGAGCCAAACGUCCCCUACAAUAAGACUCCCAACUGUGUUUCCUAUUUAGGAAAGUUAGGUCAGUGGAAAGUCCAGUCCUGUGAAAAAGAACUCAGAUACGUAUGCAAGAAAAAGGGAGAAAUAACUAAGGAGGCACCGUCUGAUGAGCUGUGUCCGCCGAAUGAGGGCUGGAAGAGACACGGAGAAACCUGUUACAAGAUUUAUGAGAAAGAGGUUCCUUUCGGGACGAACUGCAACCUGACCAUCACUAGCAGGUUUGAGCAGGAGUACUUGAAUGACAUGAUGAAGAACUACGACAAGUCCCUUCAGAAGUACUUCUGGACUGGCCUGAGAGACGCCGACUCCCGAGGAGAGUACAGUUGGGCCGUGGCUGGGGGGGCGAAGCAGGCUGUGACCUUUUCCAACUGGAAUUUUCUUGAACCAGCGUCUCCGGGCGGGUGCGUGGCUAUGUCCACUGGAAAGACUCUUGGCAAGUGGGAAGUGAAGAACUGCAGAAGUUUCCGAGCACUUUCGAUAUGCAAGAAAAUGAGGGUCCCCCAGGCAUCCGAGGAAGCGGCCCCGAAGCCUGACGACCCCUGUCCUGAAGGCUGGCACACUUUCCCUUCCAGCCUUUCUUGUUAUAAGGUGUUCCACAUAGAAAGAAUCGUAAGAAAGAGGAACUGGGAGGAAGCCGAAAGAUUCUGCCGAGCCCUCGGAGCACACCUACCCAGCUUCAGUCACAGGAGUGAGAUUAAGGACCUUGUCCAUUUGUUAAAGGACCAGUUCAGUGGGCAGCGCUGGUUGUGGAUAGGUCUCAAUAAAAGAAGCCCUGAUUUGCAAGGGUCGUGGCAGUGGAGUGACCGUACACCAGUGUCUGCCGUGAUCAUGGAUUGGGAGUUUCAACAGGAUUACGACAUCAGAGACUGCGCUGCUGUCAAGGUACUUGACGCACCUUGGCAUAGAGCCUGGCAUUUCUAUGAUGAGAGGGAAUACGCUUAUUUGAAGCCAUUUGCUUGUGACGCAAAACUUGAAUGGGUGUGCCAGAUUCCAAAAGGUAGCACUCCCCAGAUGCCAGACUGGUAUAAUCCAGAGCGCACUGGAAUUCAUGGGCCCCCAGUUAUAAUUGAAGGAAGUGAAUACUGGUUUGUUGCUGAUCCCCACUUAAACUAUGAAGAAGCCGUCUUAUACUGUGCUAGCAAUCAGAGCUUUCUUGCCACCAUAACAUCUUUUACAGGACUAAGAGCUAUCAAAAACAAAAUAGCAAAUAUAUCUGGGGAUGACCAGAAGUGGUGGGUGAAGACGAGCGAGAAUCCAAUUGAUCGUUACUUCCUAGGCUCGCGACGCAUGUGGCACCGUUUCCCCAUGACGUUUGGAGACGAAUGCUUGCACAUGUCAGCCAAGACAUGGAUUCUUGACUUAAGUAAACGAGCAAACUGUAAUGCCAAGCUGCCCUUCAUCUGUGAAAAAUAUAAUGUGUCUUCAUUAGAGAAAUAUAGUCCAGAUCCUUCAGCUAAAGUGCGGUGCACUGGGAAAUGGAUUCCUUUUCGGAAUAAGUGCUUUCUAAAGGUCAACUCUGCGCCCAUUACAUUUUCUCAAGCAAGCAGCAUUUGCCAUUCCUACGGUGGCACCCUUCCUUCUGUGCUGAACCGGAAUGAACAAGAUUUUAUUAUAUCCUUGCUUCCGGAAAUGGAAGCUAGUUGGUGGAUUGGUCUGCGCUGGUCUGCCUACGAAAGAAUAAACAAAUGGACAGAUGGCCAAGAGCUGACCUACAGCAACUUUCACCCACUGCUGGUCGGUCGGAGGCUGAGCAUACCAACAAACUUCUUUGAUGAUGAGUCUCACUUCCACUGCGCCUUGAUUCUUAAUCUCAAAAAGUCACCGCUUACUGGGACCUGGAAUUUUACAUCCUGUUCAGAACGCCACUCUCUGUCUCUCUGUCAGAAGUACUCAGAAAUUGAAGACGGGCAGCCCUGGGAGAACACUUCGGAAACCGUGAGGUAUCUAAAUAACCUGUACAAAAUCGUCUCGAAGCCCCUGACCUGGCACGCUGCUCUGAAGGAGUGUCUGACAGAGGGCAUGCGGCUGGUGAGCAUCACAGACCCUUACCAGCAGGCCUUCCUCGCCGUGCAGGCCGCCCUGCGCAACACCUCCUUCUGGAUCGGACUCUCCAGCCAGGACGAUGAACUCAACUUUGGUUGGUCAGAUGGGAAACGUCUUCAUUUUAGUAACUGGGCUGGAAGCAACGAGCAGCUUGAUGACUGCGUGAUAUUAGACACGGACGGAUUCUGGAAAACAGCCGACUGCGACGACAGCCAGCCGGGAGCCAUUUGCUACUACCCAGGAAAUGAGACCGAGGAGGAGGUCAGACCACUGGACAGUGCUAAGUGCCCCUCUCCUGUGCAGAGCACCCCAUGGAUACCGUUCCAGAACGCCUGCUACAACUUCAUGAUCACAAAGAACAGGCAUAAGACAGUCACCCCGGAGGAGGUGCAGUCCAUGUGCCAGCAGCUGCAUUCUAAAGCACAUAGUCUGAGUGUUCGAACUGAGGAGGAGAAUACCUUUGUCGUGGAGCAGCUUCUGUACUACAAUUACAUCGCCUCGUGGGUCAUGCUAGGAAUAACCUAUGAGAACAAUUCUUUGAUGUGGUUUGAUAAAACUGCAUUGUCUUACACACACUGGAGAAAGGGGAGACCAACUGUGAAAAAUGGCAAAUUUUUGGCUGGUCUAAGUACUGAUGGCUUCUGGGAUAUUCAGUCCUUCAAUAUUAUUGAAGAAACACUUCAUUUUUACCAGCACAGCAUUUUUGCUUGUAAAAUUGAAAUGGUUGACUACAAGGACAAGCACAAUAGCACCCUGCCCCAGGUCAUCCCAUAUGAGGACGGCGUCUAUAAUGUCAUUCAGAAGAAGGUGACCUGGUAUGAAGCCCUGAAUGAGUGCUCUCAGAGCGGGGGAGAGUUGGCGAGUGUUCACAACCCAAACGGGAAGCUCUUUCUGGAAGAUGUUGUGAACCGUGACGGAUUCCCUCUCUGGGUUGGGCUCUCGAGUCAUGAUGGAAGCGAAUCGAGUUUCGAAUGGUCCGACGGCAGUGCGUUUGACUAUGUCCCGUGGAACAGCCCACAAUCUCCUGGAGACUGUGUCGUCUUAUAUCCGAAAGGAAUUUGGAGACACGAAAGAUGCCCGUCUGUUAAGGAUGGUGCUGUUUGUUACAAGCCUACGAAACCUAAAGAGCUGUCCUCUCAUACGCAAUCAUCAAAAUGUCCAGUGGCAAAGAGGGAGGAUGUGCAGUGGAUCCAGUACGGGGGUCACUGUUACUCGUCCGACCAGGCUUUGCACAGCUUCUCAGAGGCCAAGCAACUGUGUCAAGAACUUGAUCACUCUGCAACUGUUGUCACCAUAGCGGAUGAAAAUGAGAAUAAGUUUGUGAGCAGAUUGAUGAGGGAGAAUUUUAAUAUCACGAUGAGAGUCUGGCUGGGACUGUCUCAACAUUCCCUCGAUCAGUCUUGGAGUUGGCUCGAUGGAUUAGAUGUGACAUUUGUCAAGUGGGAAAAUAAAAGUAAGGAUGGCGAUGGGAAAUGUAGCGUUUUAAUAGCUUCAAAUGAGACCUGGAGAAAAGUCGAAUGUUCCCGUGGCUAUGCAAGAGCUGUCUGCAAAAUUCCUCUGAACUGUCCUUCAUCCAUCUGGGUUCAGUUCCAAGGCAGCUGUUACACUUUUCUUCAAGUAACCAUCAAUGUGGAAAACAUAGAGGAUGUCAGAAAGCAGUGUACUGAUCACGGGGCAGACCUGGUAAGUAUACACAAUGAAGAAGAAAACGCAUUUAUACUGGACACUUUACAAAAGCGAUGGAAAGGCCCGGAUGACCUUCUGCUUGGCAUGUUUUAUGACACUGAUGAUGCAAGUUUCAAGUGGUUUGAUCAGUCAAAUAUGACAUUCGACAAGUGGGCAGAUGAGGAUGGUGAGGACCUAGUUGACACCUGUGGUUUUCUGUAUGCCAAGACAGGUGAAUGGAGAAAAGGAAACUGUGAAAUGUCUUCUGUGACAGGAACACUUUGCAAAACAGCAAUCCCAUAUGACAAGAAGUAUUUAUCAGAUAACCACAUUUUAAUAUCGACUCUGGUGAUCGCUAGCACAGUGACUCUGGCAGUUUUGGGAGCGGUCAUUUGGUUCCUCUACAGAAGGAGCACACGCUCUGGCUUCACCUCUUUCUCUCCUGCACCACAAUCGCCUUACAGUGAUGCCUGUGCUCUGGUAGUUGCGGAAGAAGAUGAAUACUCUGUUCAGCUGGACUGAGAGUUUGGGAACAUCAGACGAGCACACUGAACACCUUGACAAUAAAAUAAUUUCCUGUGCAAGAUUGUCAUGUAAAAUUUGCCACGGAAAACUGAACCUUUUAUGGUAUUCCUUAUUCUUCUAACAAUAUUUUCAUGUAUUCAAUGUGACAAAACAUAAACCUUCUGAUUAAAAGGAAAAAAAGUAGGUUUCAGAAAAGGAACCAGCACAGAGCUAACUUACAAGUUUUCUUAAGUAGUUUUCAUUUGAAUAAAUGAAAGCUCCAGUACAAUAAAGCUGGUAAAACGCA